AUGCCCCUCUUCAGCAGGCCUUCCAGCAACCCGACCUCGCUGCCGCAAAUCACCCACCUGAAGCCCAUUCCCGAAAGCCAACCCGAACUGGAAGCGGAAUCCGAGACUAGACGAGUCCAGAUGGCAAGCAAGGGCAAGAAUCCAGCCUAUACUACCGAGGGGAAGCCUGUGGUCGCAGGACGAUGCCUUCCAAAGGUCACCGCGAGAGAGAUAUCCACUCCGGCCCCGGUCAUUUGUGGGUCGCCGGUUGAGCAGGCCCGGGUUGCUAAGCUGCUGAAAGAGGCGGAGGAGAGAGAUGCGUGGUGUGAAAGGUUCGACGCUGCACAGCCAAGUGGGAGGACUCUGGGUGUCAAUGACUCGGGGUUCCAUGAGUUGUUGGGAGCUUUUAGGAAGGAGAUGGAAGAGAAGAAGAAGAUGAAGGAGGAGGAGAAGAGGAGAGAAGAGGAGAAGGCCAAGAAGAAGAAGAAGGCAAAAGAGUCGGAGAUUCAGGAAGGAGAGGAGAAGGGCAAGAAAUGGUAUAGAAGGUUCCGUGCGUAA